AUGAAUAAGAGUUUAUUAAAACAUUUUUGUGUAUUAAACGUACCUAUAGAGGAUAAUCCGUUUGUUACUAUAAAUCUCUUCGUUUCAAAUUAUAAAGAUCAGUCAAACACCGAUAGUACCUUUAACGAAACGCUAUGCGUAGGUAUCCUAGACAAUAUAAUUAAAGAAGAGGAUAUUAAAAAUUAUUUCUCUAAAUAUGGAAAAAUAAAAUGUUUGAAUAUUGUUGAGAGGAAAUAUUUAUCAAACGUUUUUAAAAUUUUUUCUUAUUGUUUGUACAUAACAUUUGUAGAUAAUGAUGUGAUAGAAAAAAUAUUAUCUUGUACAAUGCAGGUUGAUGAAUAUUUUACGAAAAAUAAACAAUCACCUUAUUUAAUUCAUAUGAGUAAAAAUAAAUUACUGAAUGAUGUAAAAAAAUAUUAUGAUAAUUCAUAUAAUUUAUAUAAUGGAAGAAAAAUUAUGAUUAAUUAUAUUACAAAUUUAAAUAAAGAUAAUAAGUUGUUAAAAAAAAAAAAAGAUAUUGUAGAUGAAGAUGGAUUUAUUGUUGUUCAAAGGAAAACAGAAAAUCCUGAAUUUAUAAAUUCUGUUUUUGCUGAAACAAGCGAUAAAGUAAAAUCUUUUAAGAAAAAGAAGAAUAAAAAAAUACAUGAAAAUUUUUACUUAUUUAGAAAAAAAGAAAAAUUCAACAAUUCCAUUGGCACCUUUCAAAAAAGUAAAAUGAACAUUAAAAAGAAUAUUAUGAAACGGAAUAACAAAAAGAAAAGCACACGUUUUAAAAAAUGA